CCACCCCUACCUCGGUCAGCACUGUCAACACCUCCACCUCCCCACGGUCACAUCCAACAUCACCGAUCCACCAGGAGGCAUCUUCCCCCCAUCCCACCACCAUCUCCAACCACCCUCCUACGGACAGUGACCACGACCUCCUGGACUCGCUCAGCAGCGACCAGCAAGUCGCACACUCCCCACACCUCUCACGCUGCAUCCUCGCCUGCUGUCCCCACCAGCACAGUCCACUCCACAGGUCCCCCUACCGGGACAUCCUUCCGGACCACUACAGCCUUCCCCAGCCCAUCAAGCUCCGAGACCACCAUCUCCUCCCAUGCGUCCGCCUCCACCACGUCCUCGGUGACCAGCACCUCCCAUCUGAUCAUCAGCCCAACACACCAACCGACGCCCUCUCCCCACUCCACUGCCAGACACACUGGAACCCCAUCCCAGUCUCCACACAGCCCCGGCACAGGCACACAGCCCACGCACACAAAACCCCCACUGACGCGGACCACGGCCACCCCUACCUCGGUCAGCACAGUCAGAACUUCCACCUCCCCACGGUCACAACGAACAUCACCUAUCCACGAGGAGGCAUCUUCCGCCCAUCCCACCACAAUCUCCAACCACUCUCCUAGGACAGUGACCACAACCUCCUGGACUCGCUCAGCAGCGACCAGCAAGCCGCACACUCCCCACACCUCUCACGCUGCAUCCUCGCCUGCUGUCCCCACCAGCACAGUCCACUCCACAGGUCCCCCUACCGGGACAUCCUUCCGGACCACCACAGCCUUCCCCAGCCCAUCAAGCCCCGAGACCACCAUCUCCUCCCAUGCGUCCGCCUCCAGCACAUCCUCGGUAACCACCACCUCCCACCUGGUCAUCAGCCCAACAUACGAACCGACCCCCUCUCCCCACUCCACUGCCAGACUCACUGGAACCCCAUCCCCGUCUCCACACAGCCCCGGCACAGGCACACAGCCCACGCACACAAAACCCCCACUGACGCGGACCACGGCCACCCCUACCUCGGUCAGCACAGUCAAAACUUCCACCUCCCCACAGUCACAUACAACAUCACCUAUCCACCAGGAGGCAUCUUCUGCCCAUCCCACCACCAUCUCCAACCACCCUCCUAGGACAGUGACCAGCAAGCCGCACACUCCCCACACCUCUCACACUGCAUCCUCACCUGCUGUCCCCACCAGCACAGUCCACACCACAGGUCCCCCUACCGGGACAUCCUUCCGGACUACCACCGCCUUUCCCAGCCCUUCCCGCCCCGAGACCACCGUCUCCACUCACAUGUCUGCCUCCAGCACAUCCUCGGUGACCCCCACCUCCCAUCUCGACAUCACUCCAACGCAACACCUGACACUCUCUCCCCACUCCACUGCCAGACACACUGGAACCCCAUCCUCAUCUCCCCACAGCCCUGAUACAGGCACACAGCCCACGCACACCACACCCCAACUGACCCAGACCACCGCCACCCCUACCUCGGUCAGCACAACCAGAACCUCCACGUCCCGACAGUCGUAUCCAUCAGCACCCAUCCACCAGGAGGCCUCUUCAACCCACUCCAGCACCACCUCCAACCAGACUCCGAGGACGGGAUUCGCAACCUCCCCGACUCACUCAGCAACGGCGAGCAAGUCACACACGCCCCACACGCUCCAAACGUCUCACUCAGCGCUCACACCUUCUGUCCCUACCAAAACCUCGCACACCACAGGUCCGCCUUCGGGGACAUCCUUCCGGACUACCACAGCCUUCCCCAGCCCAUCAAGCCCCGAGACCACCAUCUCCUCCCUAGCGUCUGCCUCCACCACGUCCUCGGUGACCAGCACCUCCCAUCUGGUCAUCAGCCCAACACACCAACCGACCCCCUCUCCUCACUCCACUGCCAGACACACUGGAACCCCAUCCCCGUCUCCACACAGCCCCGGCACAGGCACACAGCCCACGCACACAAAACCCCCACUGACGCGGACCACGGCCACCCCUACCUUGGUCAGCACAGUCAAAACUUCCACCUCCCCACGGUCACAUCCAACCUCACCGAUCCACCAGGAGGCAUCUUCCCCCCAUCCCACCACCAUCUCCAACCACCCUCCUAGGACAGUGACCACGACCUCCUGGACUCGCUCAGCAGCGACCAGCAAGCCGCACACUCCCCACACCUCUCACGCUGCAUCCUCGCCUGCUGUUCCCACCAAAACAGUCCACUCCACAGGUCCCCCUACCGGGACAUCCUUCCGGACCACCACAGCCUUCCCCAGCCCAUCAAACCCCGAGACCACCAUCUCCUCCCAUGUGUCCGCCUCCACCACGUCCUCGGUGACCAGCACCUCCCAUCUGAUCAUCAGUCCAACACACCAACCGACGCCCUCUCCCCACUCCACUGCCAGACACACUGGAACCCCAUCCCCGUCUCCACACAGCCCCAGCACAGGCACACAGCCCACGCACACAAAACCCCCACUGACGCGGACCACGGCCACCCCUACCUCGGUCAGCACAGUCAAAACUUCCACCUCCCCACGGUCACAACGAACAUCACCUAUCCACGAGGAGGCAUCUUCCGCCCAUCCCACCACAAUCUCCAACCACGCUCCUACGACAGUGACCACAGCCUCCUGGACUCGCUCAGCAGCGACCAGCAAGCCGCACACUCCCCACACCUCUCAUGCUACAUCCUCGCCUGCUGUCCCCACCAGCGCAGUCCACACCACAGGUCCCCCUACCGGGACAUCCUUCCGGACCACCACAGCCUUCCCCAGCCCAUCAAGCACCGAAACCACCAUCUCCUCCCAUGCGUCCGCCUCCACCACGUCCUCGACACACUGGAACCCCAUCCCCGUCUCCACACAGCCCCGGCACAGGCACACAGCCCACGCACACAAAGCCCCCACUGACGCGGACCACGGUCACCCCUACCUCGGUCAGCACAGUCAAAACUUCCACCUCCCCACGGUCACAACGAACAUCACCUAUCCACGAGGAGGCAUCUUCCGCCCAUCCCACCACAAUCUCCAACCACGCUCCUACGACAGUGACCACAACCUCCUGGACUCGCUCAGCAGCGACCAGCAAGCCGCACACUCCCCACACCUCUCACGCUACAUCCUCGCCUGCUGUCCCCACCAGCGCAGUCCACACCACAGGUCCCCCUACCGGGACAUCCUUCCGGACCACCACAGCCUUCCCCAGCCCAUCAAGCACCGAAACCACCAUCUCCUCCCAUGCGUCCGCCUCCACCACGUCCUCGGUGACCAGCACCUCCCAUCUGGUCAUCAGCCCAACACACCAACCGACCCCCUCUCCUCACUCCACUACCAGACACACUGGAACCCCAUCCCCGUCUCCACACAGCCCCGGCACAGGCACACAGCCCACGCACACAAAGCCCCCACUGACGCGGACCACGGUCACCCCUACCUCGGUCAGCACAGUCAAAACUUCCACCUCCCCACGGUCACAACGAACAUCACCUAUCCACGAGGAGGCAUCUUCCGCCCAUCCCACCACAAUCUCCAACCACGCUCCUACGACAGUGACCACAACCUCCUGGACUCGCUCAGCAGCGACCAGCAAGCCGCACACUCCCCACACCUCUCACGCUACAUCCUCGCCUGCUGUCCCCACCAGCGCAGUCCACACCACAGGUCCCCCUACCGGGACAUCCUUCCGGACCACCACAGCCUUCCCCAGCCCAUCAAGCACCGAAACCACCAUCUCCUCCCAUGCGUCCGCCUCCACCACGUCCUCGGUGACCAGCACCUCCCAUCUGGUCAUCAGCCCAACACACCAACCGACCCCCUCUCCUCACUCCACUACCAGACACACUGGAACCCCAUCCCCGUCUCCACACAGCCCCGGCACAGGCACACAGCCCACGCACACAAAGCCCCCACUGACGCGGACCACGGCCACCCCUACCUCGGUCAGCACAGUCAAAACUUCCACCUCCCCACGGUCACAACGAACAUCACCUAUCCACGAGGAGGCAUCUUCCGCCCAUCCCACCACAAUCUCCAACCACGCUCCUACGACAGUGACCACAACCUCCUGGACUCGCUCAGCAGCGACCAGCAAGCCGCACACUCCCCACACCUCUCACGCUACAUCCUCGCCUGCUGUCCCCACCAGCGCAGUCCACACCACAGGUCCCCCUACCGGGACAUCCUUCCGGACCACCACAGCCUUCCCCAGCCCAUCAAGCACCGAAACCACCAUCUCCUCCCAUGCGUCCGCCUCCACCACGUCCUCGGUGACCAGCACCUCCCAUCUGAUCAUCAGUCCAACACACCAACCGACCCCCUCUCCUCACUCCACUACCAGACACACUGGAACCCCAUCCCCGUCUCCACACAGCCCCGGCACAGGCACACAGCCCACGCACACAAAACCCCCACUGACGCGGACCACGGCCACCCCUACCUCGGUCAGCACUGUCAACACCUCCACCUCCCCACGGUCACAUCCAACAUCACCUAUCCACCAGGAGACAUCUUCCGCCCAUCCCACAACCAUCUCCAACCACCCUCCUAGGACAGUGACCACAACUUCCUGGACUCGCUCAGCAGCGACCAGCAAGUCGCACACUCCCCACACCUCUCACGCUGCAUCCUCGCCUGCUGUCCCCACCAGCACAGUCCACUCCACAGGUCCCCCUACCGGGACAUCCUUCCGGACCACUACAGCCUUCCCCAGCCCAUCAAGCUCCGAGACCACCAUCUCCUCCCAUGCGUCCGCCUCCACCACGUCCUCGGUGACCAGCACCUCCCAUCUGAUCAUCAGCCCAACACACCAACCGACCCCCUCUCCCCACUCCACUGCCAGACACACUGGAACCCCAUCCCCGUCUCCACACAGCCCCGGCACAGGCACACAGCCCACGCACACAAAGCCCCCACUGACGAGGACCACGGCCACCCCUACCUCGGUCAGCACAGUCAAAACCUCCACCUCCCGACCAUCACAUCCAACAUCACCUAUCCACCAGGAGGUAUCUUCCGUCCAUACCUCCGCCUUCCCCAGCCCAUCGCACCCUGGGACAACCCUCUCCAUGCACACGUCUGCCUCCACCACAGCCUCGGUGACCCCCACCUCCCAUCUCGUCAUCACCCCAACAUAUGAACCGACACCGUCUCCCUACUCCACUGCUAGACACACGCGCACGUCCACCUCCACCAUGUCCUCUGUGUCCCGCACCUCCCACAUCUUCAUCAGCCCAACACAGCAGCCCAUGCCCUCUCCCAUUUCCACUGCCACACACACUGGAUCCCCUACUCCAUCUCCAUUCUUCUCCAGCUCAAGUUCAAUCUCCCACACUCUGACUUCUUCAAGCUCUCCAAGCACAUCAAUUACUGCCUCUGUUUCUUCCAUUGUUUAUUCUUCAGGUGCCUCCAUCCCCAUGUUGUCCUCCAGGUCCUCUCCUUCCCCCCAUACUUUUCUCCCCUCUACUCUGCCCACUAAGCCUCUUCCCCAUGUGAGUCCUAGCUCGGUGUCCAGCACCAUCAUUCCUCCUUCUUCAACCAAGACCACACCCAGCACCCCCUUCUCCCACAAUCUCUCUUCCCAUUCUACUACUUCACAGUCUACGUCCCUUACCACUCGAAACCCCACAUCUGGUAUCUUUUCAUCCACCAUGGGAAUUACUUCUCCCACCACUAAUCUCACCACUGGACCAUCUACUAUCAGUAGGCUGCCGACCACUGUCAUCCUGACCACCCCAACCUCUCGCCAUGGGAGCUCAACCCUUCCUAAUAUAGGAUCCCUAUCUACUGUGGGACCCUCUGUCUCCUCUCUGGUGACAUCUCCAUCCAGCUCUACAGGGGUCUGUGACGUGAAGGAGCUUGAGGAGGAGGUCACGUACCGAGGGUGCACAGCCAAUGUGACAGUGACCCGCUGUGAGGGUUCCUGUCCUGCAUCGGCCAGCUUCAACAUCUACACGAACCAAGUGGACACCCACUGUAGCUGCUGCCACCCCGUCAGCUCCUACCAGAAGCAGUUUGUGCUGCCCUGCUCAGACCCUGAAGUGCUGGGACAGCAGUUGGUAUUAACACUACAGAUGUUCAGCAGCUGUGCAUGUAGUCCACAGCACUGUGGGGUCUAGAGGAAACAGCCCCCCAGGUGUGAGGACAAAGCACCCCUCCCAACACCAGCCCCACUACCGCUCCUGACACUGGUUUCCUGUGCUCAGCAGCCCCUCACCUUCCACAAGGCACAACGUCAAAAAGCCCCCACACACAGCUUACCAGGGCACUUGCCAGGAAGGGGCUGCAGACCCUAAGCCGAGCAGGUGGCAAUAAACUGGUGCCUCCUAGCCAUACCUGUCGAUCGUCCACACAGCCUCUCAGACUUUGAAGGUGGCUACCCAUCCCUGCCAGAACCAGCCCCCAGAAACAGCCUGAGCAACAGGUGCCUGGGAGGGGGCAACGGGAAAGGCCACUCUAGCGGGAGGCCUGAGAAGAGGGGACACAUGUCCCACGAGAUGCAAGGCAUCUGAGCAAGGGACGAGCAAGGAAGAGGCACAGGGCAGCAGUAAAGGUGACAUCAAGGCGAGGAUACUACAGCCGGGGAAGGGAAGGGAGGGGAGGAUGCAAGCACCAGCCAGUAUCAGCACCUGCCCACCAACCAAGCUCACCCUGGGGAGGGGCAUCACACAUGCCAUGCCAAGACCAACGCACUGUGAACAGAUAACAAAUAAACUAGCAUUGGCCAACACAUA